GGGCGGAAGAUGGCGGCGCCCAUGGAGCUGUUCUGCUGGGCCGGCGGCUGGGGGCUGCCCUCGGUGGAUCCCGACUGCCUGGCCGUGCUGACGUACGCGCGGUUCACGGGGGCGCCGCUCAAGGUCCACCGCCUCGCCAACCCCUGGAGGAGCCCGUCCGGCAGCCUGCCCGCCCUGAAGACGCGGGACGAAGGCGUCAUCUCCAAAGCCCAGCAGAUCAUAACCCACCUCAGGAAGCAGAAAUACAACGCCGACUACGACCUCUCGGCUCAGCAGGGCGCCGACACGCUGGCCUUCGUGUCGCUGCUGGAGGAGAAGCUGCUGCCCGUGCUGAUCCACACGUUCUGGGUGGACGCCAAGAACUACGUGGAGCACACGCGGAAAUGGUACGCGGAGACCAUCCCCUUCCCGCUCAACUUCUUCCUGCCCAACUGCAUGCACAAGCGGCACCUGGAGCGGCUGCAGCUGCUCUGGGGCGACGGCUACAUGGAGGACGAGGAGAAGCUGGAGAAGGAGCUCUACCGCGAUGCCCGCGAGUGCCUGACGCUCCUGUCCCAGCGCCUCGGCUCCCAAAAGUUCUUCUUUGGCGACUCGCCGGCCUCGCUGGACGCCCUGGUCUUCAGCCGCCUGGCGCCGCUGCUCAAGGCCAAGCUGCCCAACGGGAAGCUGCAGCAGCACCUCAAGUCCCUGCAGAACCUGUGCAACCACUGCGCCGCCAUCCUCAGCCUCUACUUCCCCUGGGACGGAGGCGACCCGCCGGCCGGCGGCCCCAGGACGGACGGCGGCGGCAGCGACGCAGAAGACGAGCCCCACAAGCGGCGCAAGCAGCUGCUCUCGGUGCUGGUGGGGCUGGGGGCCAUGGUGCUCUACGCCUUCCUCAGCGGCAUCGUCUCGGUGCAGCGGGGCGCCCCGGGAGCGCCGGCGCGCCCGCCCGCCGCGCUGCCCGAGGACGACGACGACGAGGAGGAGGAGUGA